CAGUGGUUUCCGGCUUGUUAAUGCUACGUUGACCAAGUUGUUUAUAAACUAGAUUAGAGAUAUAGAUCUAGAUCUACAUACAUAGACAUAGACAGGUCUAGAUCUAAACCUUAUAGAAUAUCCAGAUCUAGAUAUUGAAUUUAGGUCCAUAGACCUUUUAUAUCUAGGAUCUAAUUUAGAUCUGUAAAAUAUCAUAAAUGGAAUACAUUCUUCCUUUCCUGCCAGAAAAAAUAAAAAAUCUUCCUAUUCACAUGGAUUUUGAUGGUCAGAAAAGAGCAGAACGUUAUUUUCAGAUUAUCAUUAUUCUUUUUGCAGUUGUUGGUUUUGUUUGGGGUUAUAUAACUCAGCAGUUUUCUCAAACAUUGUAUAUCCUCUUUGCUGGAGUUACAGUGUCUGCAUUGUUGACUCUGAUUCCAUGGAGCAUUUAUAGACGCAAACCCCUUCAGUGGCAAGCUGUCUUGGAUCAAGCUUCUAAAGGAGCAUCUCAACAAGGAUCUGCCAACAUGACACAGUUGAAAACUAAAAAGAAAAAACUGAAAGAUUAAAGUUACCAUAUUUAACAUUUUCAAAUUAUUCACUUUUUAUUAAAAGCUUAAUCCUUUAUUAUUGGAAUGUUCAGUUCCAAAACUAAAAUUCCAGAGCUUCUUAUUGUUUUAGUAAAUGUAAUAAUUAAUAGAGUCCAGUACUGCUAUGGAAGUAUUUUCAUCUUGAUGACAUUGCUGUCCUAGUCAUAUACAUUGAUGUUCCAGUUAUUGUUUUUAAAUCAUGAGUACUUGCAGUGUAAGGUUCAAUGCACAAAAUAAUCAUCAUAAGAGAACUAGACCUAAUAGAUUGUCCUGUUGUGAAUCAAAAAAAUGUUUGCCUUUUAGUUUAUAUUAUUGUUAUAGCAUCAAAGCAUUUUGUUUGGUUUAUUAAUUAAUAAUUUGGUAAAGGGUGCUUUUCUAAUUAAAAUUACAUGUUAAAAAUUGUUUAUAUUUUAUGAAUAUUGUGGUAAUUUUUUUUAAUUUUUUUUUUCAUUUUUUAUUGACUAUUUAUUUAAUUAAUAUUGUUGAUGAAAAAAAAUUAACACAAAAAAUUUAUGAAUUAAGUGUUGAUGUUUAUUGAAUAUUUCUUUUCAUUAAAAAAAAAAAAGUUUAUUGCACUAGC